GAGACCCCUGCUGUACAACGCAGGCGCACUAUCUUUUGCUCGACACAGCCACCUCUAUCUUGCUUUCGCCGUCCGCGCUGGGUCUUAUUUCCGAUACAGCGGGCAUCCGGGACGCGAAGCCGACUGGGCGGUUAUGGCCAGCUUUAGGGAGGGGCUGCGAGCUUUGUUUCUCGAGACAUUCGUCUUCAUCUGGUGCAACACGGUGCGGCUGCUGUUCUGGCUUCGCUACCUGUGGUCAACGCCCCACAGGGCUCCCCCCGUAAAGAACGAGCUGCUCUUGAAGUCCGCCGUUCGUCUCGCUGCCGAAAUCAGGGAAGGCAAGGUCAAGAGCUCCGACGUGGUGCGGUCUUACAUUAAUCGCAUACAACAAGUGCAGCCUCUCUUGAAUGCUGUGAUUGAAGAUGCCUACGAAGAGGCUCUGCGCAAGGCCGAGGAGGUCGACAGGAUCGUGGCUUCUGGGAGCCGCACCGUGCAGCAGAUGCAGCAGGAAACGCCCCUUCUGGGAGUUCCCAUAACCACCAAGAAUUGCGUCGCCGUCAAAGGCAUGCGAUACGACGUGGGCUCAGCUUUCAGCAAGGGUCGUCGGGCUAACCAGGACGCAGUCGUGGUUUCCAGACUUCGCGCGGCCGGUGCUAUUCUGGUGGCGAUGACCAACGUCCCGGAGCAACUUCUCUGGUUCGACUGCGAGAACACGCUGGAUGGAGCCACCCGCAACCCGUACGACACACGCCGCGUUCCUGGCGGCAGCAGCGGUGGUGAAGGCAGCCUGAUCGCUGCAGCUGGGUCCAUCAUGGGAAUCGGCACUGACAUCGCCGGAAGCAUACGGCUGCCUUGUGCUUACUGCGGUAUCUUCGGGCACAAGCCAACGUCAGGUAUCGUUCCUCUUGAUGGCCUCCUUCCCGACGUUGGCACAAUGGUCAAGUACAACUCCGCCGGGCCGAUGUGUAGGUACGCAGAAGACAUGCCGCUAAUGCUCAGCGUGAUGGCCGGACAAAAAGCUACAGAGCUACGCCUGGAGAGCCAGGUUCUAAUGCGCAAUUUGAAGGUCUUCUACAUGGAGGACGAGGGUAGUGUCCUGCUGAGCAAAGUGAAAAGUGAAGCUCGCAAAGCCGUCAAGGAGGUCAUCAACUUUAUUCGCAACGCGCACGGAGUCGAGCCGAGCCGUCUGGAUGUGCCAGAGAUACGCUACAGCAUGCCGCAGUGGCUGCUGGCCUACAACGAGUCUAAGUCGCGCCCUUUGCAUGAAGUGUUUCGUCCAGGUUCCAAUGGUAUCAGCUUCUGUACCGAGCUUCUGCGCAUCCUUACCGGCACUUGCCCCAACACGGCCGCCGCGAUGUUGUUGUGCUGGGCCUCCACGCUUUCCCGGUUCAGCUCUGAAAGCGCGGUCGCGGCUUUCCGUGGAACUCUGGACCUAUUGCGAGAUCGCCUUGAAGCGCUCCUCGGAGAUGAUGGUGUCUUCAUCUUGCCAGCAACUUCGGCGCCAGCUGCAUACCACCAUCAGGACCUGUUCUUCCCCGAUGGCUUCAACUUCUUGUCCGUCUUCAACGUCCUGGAAGUUCCUGUCAGCGCGUGCCCCGUCCUUCGGACGUCGGAUGGUCUGCCUAUGGCAGUCCAAGUGGUCGCCAGCAGAGGAAACGACCGCCUUUGCUUAGCUGUUGCCAAAGAAAUUGAAAAGCAGUUUGGUGGCUGGGUAGAACCUGCCAAGUCAAAGCAAAAACUGAGCGUUAGAGGCUCACUAAUGUAAUCUAGUCUGAAAACACUGGCCGCGCACUGUAUUUCGUUUUUUUUUUUAUUUUACUUUUAGUGUUGACUAUUUCAGAUACAUUAACGUUUCCAGUCGUUUGCGGGUUUACUAGUAGCUUCCAUACGGGAUUUUCAGUCAACGUGGACCACUUUCAAAGCACGCAUACGUAAAUGUUGACGCCUCAAAUAUGCGGAGUCUUUUCCGUGCGAUUCAUUUACAGAAUAUGUUACAAAUACGCUGCUUUGUAGGCAUUGCACGACAGGAUGCAGUACGCUGAGAGUUCUUCGCAGAUAGAAUAGCCUUGCUCAUCGCAAAGACCCCCGAGGAGUUACCUAUUUGCUUUGAAAGUGUUCGUGAACAUUUCUCUGUCGUUCUUUAAGGCAAUAAAUUUUCUCAUAUUG